AUGAAGCUAAUCAAAGAGCUUGCUAUGUUGGUGUUUGUAGGGUACCUUUUCCUAUGGGUGAUAACGCCAACCUAUGUCUACAAGCAAAAGUGGCUCGUUAGGGUUCGAGCCCACACCACUUCUACUUACUUUGGAACUCAAGGUCCAACGAUGUUGCUCUAUACAUUCCCUGUUCUAUUAAUGGCUGUCGCUGGGAGUGUAUAUCUCCAUUUGAAGAAAAAGUCGAACCGAAACCGGGAUCAAGGACACAAAGAAGCUACCAGUGAUAACUUGACCAUAUGGAGAAGGCCCAUGAUCGUUAAAACUCUAGGAAUCGUCACAAAAAUUGAGCUUGCUUUCUUCAUUAUGUUUAUUGCUCUUCUUGUCUGGUCUUUCACGGAAUACUUACAUCUCAGUUUUGCAAAAAUUACCCCUCAAUCAGCAGCUCUCUAUGGAGAGAAAGUUUGGGAAUCAAAAUUGGCUUCGGUGGCCCUACAAUUCGGGCUAAUUGGAAACAUAUGUCUAGCAUUUAUGUUUUUCCCCGUGACUCGAGGCUCGUCUUUACUGCCAUUGUUUGGUCUUACUUCCGAGGCGAGUGUCAAGUAUCACAUAUGGCUCGGGCAUAUCGUUAUGACCCUCUUCACUUCUCAUGGUGUUUGUUACAUUAUUUGUUGGAUUGUAACAAAGCAAACAUCAGAGAUGUUGAAAUGGGCGAAAACCGACAUAUCUGUUGUUGCGGGAGAAGUGUCUUUGCUGGCAGGAUUGGUCAUGUGGGCAACAACAUUCCCUCAAAUUAGGCGAAAGAUGUUUGAGGUUUUCUUCUACACUCACCAUUUGUACAUCAUCUUCAUUGUAUUCUUCGUGUUCCAUGUCGGCAUAGGUUAUGCCUCCAUCAUGCUUCCUGGAUUCUACCUCUUCAUGAUGGAUCGGUUCUUGAGAUUCUUGCAAUCAAGGGGGAGUGUUCGUUUGAUUUCUACCCGUAUUCUUCCAUGUGAAACUCUUGAGCUCAACUUCUCCAAGAGCCAAGGUUUGCAUUAUAUGCCAACGAGUAUCAUAUUCAUCAAUGUUCCAAGCAUUUCAAAGACUCAAUGGCAUCCAUUCACAAUUACUUCAAGUAGCAAUUUGGAGCCUGAGAAGCUAAGUGUUAUGAUAAAAGGUGAAGGGAGUUGGUCUAAAAAGCUUUAUCAAAUCUUAUCAUCCCCAAACCCUAUUGAUCGGCUUGAUGUAUGUGUUGAAGGACCUUAUGGACCUAUCUCGACUAAUUUCCUAAGGCACGAUAUGAUAAUAAUGGUGAGCGGAGGAAGUGGUAUCACACCGUUUAUCUCAAUAUUCAGGGAGCUUGUUUUCACAACCGAAACUUUGAAAUGUAAUGCUCCAAAGAUACUCAUGAUUAGUGUCUUUAAAGACUCUUCUGAUCUCACCAUGCUAGAAUUGCUCUUACCGACACAUGGUGCACCUACAGAGUUUUCAAAAUUAGAACUACAAAUCGAGGCUUAUGUGACAAGAGAGAAGCAACAACCGACUAAUGAUAAGAAACAAGUACAAGCCAUUUGGCUCAAACCGAACCCUUCUGAUGCACCCAUAACCCCUAUUUUAGGACAAAAUGGUUGGUUAUGGCUUGGUGCGAUUAUUUCUUGUUCUUUUGUGAUUUUUCUUCUAUCUAUGGGAUCCUUAACACGAUUCUACAUCUACCCUAUUGAUAAAAACACGUACAAAGUGUACUCGUAUGCAUCGAGAGGGGCAUUGAAUAUGUUGCUCAUUUGUGCAUCUAUAGUGGUAACAUGUAGUUUGGGUUUUUUGUGGAAUAAGAAGAAAAAUGCAACAGAUUCAAAGCAAAUUCAAAACAUGGAGGGAGCAACACCCAUUGGCACGCCUAAUUCAGUGUUUUAUAAUGCGGAUAGAGAGCUCGAAAGCUUGCCCCAACAGUCACUCAUUCAGUCUACAAAUGUGCAUUUCGGUGAAAGGCCAGAUCUUAAGAGAAUGUUGUUUGAGCAAAAGGAAUCACGUGUUGGAGUUCUUGUUUGUGGACCAAAGAAGAUGAGACAUGAGGUUGCAAACAUAUGCUCAGCAGGAUUGGCUUCAAACUUGCAUUUUGAGUCCAUAAGUUUUAGUUGGUGA